AUUGCCUUCUUUCCUAGGACAAACCCUAGUUUAUUUCAUUUUUUGGAUUAUUAACUGAAUUUAUUUUCCAUGCAGUUGCUAUCGUGGCUGUGGCCACUUCUCCUGGUGAUUGGAGGUGGCUCCUCUGCUCCCCAGAAUGUGCUACUUCUUUUGGCCGACGAUGCCGGCUUUGAAUCGGGAGUUUAUCUGAACAAAUUCUGUCAGACGCCCAAUCUGGAUGCUCUGGCCAAGCGGGGACUGGUAUUCAACAACGCCUUCACCUCGGUGAGCAGCUGUAGUCCCAGUCGCGCUCAAUUGCUCACCGGCCAGGCCAGCCACUCCAGCGGCAUGUACGGACUCCAUAAUGCCGAGCACAACUUUAAUGUGCUGCCGGAGACGGGUUCGUUGCCAAACUUGCUGCGAGAUCAAAGUGGAGGUCAGAUCUUGAGUGGCAUUAUUGGCAAGAAACAUGUGGGAGCAGCAGCAAACUUCCGAUUCGAUUUCGAGCAAACCGAGGAGCAGCAUUCGAUCAACCAGAUUGGAAGGAAUAUCACCCGGAUGAAGGAGUAUGCCCGGCAGUUCCUGAAACAGGCCAAGGACGAGAAGAAGCCCUUCUUCUUGAUGGUGGGUUUCCACGAUCCGCAUCGUUGUGGUCACAUCACUCCGCAGUUUGGAGAAUUCUGCGAGCGCUGGGGCAGUGGAGAGGAGGGAAUGGGCAGCAUUCCCGACUGGCGGCCCAUCUACUACGACUGGCGCAAUCUGGAGGUGCCACCGUGGCUGCCUGACACGGAUGUGGUGCGUCAAGAGCUGGCUGCCCAGUACAUGACCAUCUCUAGGUUGGAUCAAGGUGUGGGACUGAUGCUCCGGGAGCUGGAACAGGCUGGACUGGCAGAGGAGACCCUUGUGAUCUACACCUCUGAUAAUGGACCACCCUUUCCGGGCGGCAGGACGAACCUCUACGAGCACGGCAUUCGCUCACCACUGAUUAUCAGUUCGCCCAAUAAGGAGAAUCGCCGCCAUGAGACCACCGCUGCCAUGGUUAGUCUCUUGGACAUAUACCCCACUGUGCUCGAUGCCCUGGAGAUACCCGAACCGAAUAACACCAAGAUCGCUGGAAAGUCUAUACUUCCCGUUCUAAAAGAGGAACCUGCCAUUAAGGAGAGUGAUUCCGUGUUUGGUAGCCACAACCUGCACGAAGUUACCAUGUCCUAUCCCAUGAGGAUGGUGAGGAAUAGACGCUACAAGCUCAUACACAACCUCAACUACUGGGCUGACUUCCCCAUCGACCAGGACUUCUACACCUCGCCCACCUUCCAGCAGAUACUGAAUGCCACCAUUACCAAACAACCGCUGCCCUGGUACCGAUCUCUAUUGCAAUAUUACCAGAGACCCGAAUGGGAGCUAUUCGACAUCAAAGCAGAUCCCUUGGAACGAGUCAAUCUGGCCGAGAAACCCAAGUUCAGUGGCACUCUCAAGCAGCUCCGGCAGCAGCUCUUCGACUGGCAGGUGGCCACAAAGGAUCCCUGGCGUUGUGCCCCCCAUGCCGUGCUCCAGGAACAGGGCGUCUUUAAAGAGGAACCCGUCUGCUUGACCCUGGGACACGAGGCCCUGCAGAGGCCCAACCGCAGGAUCCUCGGUCAGUACGAGGAGUAUGAAAUUGUCUAGACCCCCUAUCUCACUCUAUGUACGUACAAUUAAGUAUUCUUUAGAUAAUGGUCACAGUCUUAUCGCACCUAAAAUAAAACAACAAUCCCAAGUGCUGAUAACAUAAACAUUUCACUGUUUUUCACUACUAAAGUGGUUACAAUGAUUACCAGGAAAAUAGGUAAAUAUUAUUGAACUAAAUCUUACGGAGGUUUAAAUUCGGGUUAGCUUAAU